CAAAGUCUUGGGGCGGAUACGCCAUGGCCUAUGGUCUGCUGAGAAACUGGGAUCGGUAAGCUGGAAUGAUCAAAUCUGCAGAUGCGGGAGACCAGGUCGCAGAUCGAAGUGUCAUCGAUGGCAGCCUUGAUUGCGAGAAACUUCAUUGGCAAUUGCCCGGAAGAAUGUGUGGUGCUGCUCCAAGCACGUUACCAUUGCCUCCGUCGUAUCGAUAUCACCACCUGCCGAUUGGCGAGUUCCAGCUCUGGAGACAUCUGUGCUUGGGGAUUUGCUUCACCUUUCUGGCCUGGCAAUUCUGCGAAGCAGACAUUGUGGGGGGCAAUUUGGAGCGCGGUAUUGCCUUCUAUCUGCAGAGGUGGCAACGACUGGCGGAGCCUUCGAAUGAGCGACCUGGCAUCCUCUGGGAUGGUCGCAACCAUCUUCUUGGUGGUUCGUCACUGCCAUUCGAAGAUGCCAUGGAAAGGAAAUUGCACAUCGGGAUGCGCCGCCUACACUGCUGAGAUGCUCGAUGCAUUUCUGUUUUGGAUUCGAAGUCAAAGACGGCUGGGCGCAAAGACUUGGAUCUCAAUGGCACGCCAGCGAAUGCUGGGAUCAUCCUUCUUGUACCUGGUCCGCUGGAUCGAGCAGCUCCGCUUCUCCACUGGCAUCUUCAGCUAUCAUGGAUCAUCGGAGACGUGGAUUGCUGAUGAAUCUGGCUUGGUUUACUGGCUCUAUCAGAUCACAACAUCGAGCUGGGUACUUGCAUGGCCAAAGACGCCGGCAUUGGGAACUUCAAAAGAAAAUGG